UCUAUUGUUUUCUCCAUUGAUACUUCUUCAAUUUUAAAGCAAAGUCAAAAUUUUCUUCAAUCACCUAUGGAUUUUCUUUAUGUUAUCCCAAAUUUGAUCAACCCAUAGUCUUCUUUAAUCCAUUAUGUCUUAUUCGAAACCAGAUCUCAUCAUAUACAUACAAGAUUCAUAAAAAAUAAGAACGAAGAGUAUUACUAGUACAACUCCAACUUGUACAACUAGUACAACUAGAAAAUGUAUAACUUGUACAACUAAAUUGAGUAUAAUCAAUAUAACUGGUGCAACUAGAACUCGAAUUAAUAGUACUUUGAAACUAGUAUGGUGAUAUUUAGUUUUUGUUUUCAGUGUAUUAAUGAUAUACAAAAAGAUGAUGUUGAACCAAUAAUACAUAUUACUCUACUCUUUCCCACUUGCAUCUGUCUAAAUACAUGUAUAACUAGAACAACUAGAACAUGUAUAAUUACUACAACUUUACAAUUAAUAUGAUUAUAUUUGAUUUUUGUUUUCAGCGUAUGAAUGAUGUUAUAGAAAAUGAUGAUGUAUAACCAAUGAAAAUGUUGGUGUAAUCUUCGUGUAUGUGUCAAAAUUGUGUUAUAGAAAGGGAUGAUGUACCAUUUGUACUAGUUGUACCAGUUGUACUAUAUACGGAGAAAAAUCAUCUUCAUGUUUUUGCUCCCAAAGGCAAAGAAGACAAUUGCCGAGCCAGAAAAAAAAUUGUAGUUUAAGAUCUGGAAGAGUACAUUCCAGAAGAUAAUGCAUAAGCCAUCACGAGUUUGAAAAGAAUGCAUAAACAUUAAUGUUUGAUAUUUGGACUACAACAAUAAUAGUUUAACUACAGUAGUACUAUUACUAGUUUAAUUUUGGCAGCACUUGAUUUGCAUUUUUCUAGUGCUGGUUGGUAGGUUUCUCGCCCCAAUGUUCAUUUUCUUGAUAUGGACAUGAAAAUAAUAUAAGAAAUAGAGAAAUUGUAAUCAUAUCUAUAUAAUUUCCAUCAUUAGUAUAUAUUUUCAUAAACAAGAAGGACUGUUGUGAAGAAGAGAGAUGCACAACAUCAUUAAGAUAACAAUACAUAAAAUAAUUUUAGAAAUAGAAAUAUAAUAAUAUUUUACAAUUUUUUGAAAUAUUGUUUAAUUUUAUUUUAUAAUUAUAUAUUUUUCUUACUAAAAAAUCUUCAAAUAUAAUUGUGUACCUAAAAAUAAUUCUUAAUUUUAUAGACUUUGAUUUAAUGUAUUUUAACCAAAAAAAUAGAUAACAGGUUAAACUACACAAAAUAUUUAGGAAUGGUACAACUACUUGAUUUAAUAUUCAACCAUAAUGUAACAUGAUGCACGUUUAAAAUGUGAUGCACAAUACAAAAUGAAAUAACAUAGUUGUACUAGUAUUCGAGUUGCACCAGUUUGUACAUAGUUGUACUAGUUUUUGAGUUGUACCGGUUUGUACAUAGUUGUAUUUUGGCAGUGAAAUCGAAAAAACUAGUAGUACGACAUAAAUUUUAAACUUACCUCAGUUGUACCACUUCUUUAUGUGUACAUGUCUUUGCCCCAAUAAAACAAAAUCAUAAAUUUUGUUAAAAUACAUUUCAUGUAUGUUUUUCGAAAAUUAUGUGGACAAAGAAGUUAACAAACCUUAAGAGUAUAAGGUAGAUCAUGCAAACUUAUGUGAUUGUGUUGGAUUUGAAAAAAAAAAACAAACCACUAAAUUUUCAUAAGGAACCUUUCUAAAUACUUUCCAAUUUAGCCAGUUUAUUGAUUUUUUCGUAUGGAAUACCCGAAGGAAUAUUUAAAUUUCAGAACCUACAUAGUUGUACUAGUUAUACCAGUAUCACUAGUCUGGUAAAUAAAAAAUAGUUUUACGAGUUAUACUAGUCAAACAUGUAUUGUUUGAUAUAUAGUUUUUCCAUGAUGAAUGAAGAAGCACUGGAUAGUAAUAUGCCAAAGUCUAUUGAUCUAUCCAAUACUACUUAGAACAAUAAUAUUCAGCAAUUUUCCACGCUUAAUGAUGACAAUAAGUGAAUUCACACAAGGAUAAAUUUUAGAAUCUGCAUAGUUAUACUAGUUUUUGAGUUAUACGAGUUUAUUUAAUUACAAUUAAGUAAAAUUCUCUUCUCUUCUUUUGGUCAAACCGUGCAACAUUUAUAUAUAUAAUGUAUGCAUCUCCCUUACUACGCUAACUUAGCCGCACCGCUUUUGUCAAGGAUGAUUAGAUGGUUUUAUUGUUGUACUUCUCUUCUUUCCUCUUGAUCUCAUUCUUCUUCUUCUUCUUCUUCUUCUUCUUACGUACGUUAGUAAAUGAAAGAAAAGACGACUCGGAGUUGUCGCAUCUUAUCACCACAGUCGCCGUUCUUCACUAUCGGAGAGCCAGACCAUCAAACCGGACUGGAGUCGUCAUACAUUACCGUAGGAGGAGUCGUGCCAUCGGAAGCCAUCAUCGAUGCUCUAGCUGGUGAUAUACAAUAAUGAAGAGAAGUUUUAACAGUGACCGUUUGAGGGAGGAGCCGUGCCAUCUGAAGCCAUCAUUGAUACUCUUGUUGGUGAUAUGAUAUACAAUGAAGCCGAGCAGUUUUAACGUGGAGAGAAGAAGUACACGAACCGGAGCUGUCCACCAACAUGUACCACCGAACAACAAUCUCAUGCUACCAGAGAAGUAGCUACAUCACCGGAGCCAAUCGAAGGAAGAAACUGAGCACAUCAAUGGAGAGGGUCAAAGAGAAUGAUUAGAAGGUAGGAAGAAGAAACCAUGGUUGAUAAUUUAUAAAAAAGAAAAAGAAACUAUUAUUGAUGAGGAAGAAGAUGAACGAAUGGACCCAAAUGUUUGUUGAUUGGUUGGUUGGGAAAAUAAAAGACAAAAAUUCAUCAAGGACAUAAAUAUAAAUUCAGUUGAAUUGGUACAUAUAGAUUAAAAUAGGUGGUAAGAGAUUAUUUUUUAGUCUUUUGGUCCAUAUCAGAUUUUGGUCCCUCAGAGGUUUAGGGUGUCUCCUUCUUCUUUUGUCUUCUUCCCUUUUCUCACGAUUCAAAACUAGGGUUUCGAUUAUGGAAGAUGGUUCGCAAACUCUCAACGUCUUCGUUCUACAUCCAGUUAAAUCAGAUUGUGGACGAUCGUUCGUCGGAUCAGAUCAUCGUUUGGGACUUGAAAAAGCUUCGCAGCGACAUUCUUUCCAAAUACUCCUCCGUACUGGGCAGAAACUUGACAGAGUUUAUCGCAAAGCUUCGCUCUCAUGGCUUUCCAAGUGUCGCCAAGGGUCCUGGGGAGUUGGAGUUCUCACAUGAUGAUUUCGCGAGAAGCCCUCUGAUGAAGAAGAUGAUGGUCAAAGCCUUGUCGGAGAGGAUUGAAAAGUUUGAUGCUCAGAUCAAAGCCAUGAAGUGUAGGCUCAAAGCCAAGAAAGCUACCCUCAAAGUUGAGAAUCUCUUUCAAAACCUGCGAAUCUGAUCAACCAAGAAAAUUCAAGAAAAGGGCUAGACUUCGUCUCAAAAGUAGAGAGAAUCUCUUGCAUAGUUUAAGGAUCUGAUCAAAGUUUCACAUCUCUUCUUGUAAUGAAAUUUAUGUUUUUUUUUAGAAACUCGCGGUAUAUGUGAUCAAUCAAGAAAAUUCAAGAAAAGGCUACACUUUGUCAAAAGUAGAGAAUCUCUUGCAAAGUUUAAGGAUCUGAUUGAAGAUUCAUCUCUUCUUGUAAUGAAAUUUACGCGGUAUAUGUUUUGUAAUAUCUUGUUCUAUGUAAUAAGAAUAGUAUCUCCUCUUUACGUUUACUAGUCUCUUGUGUCUAUGUUCUAUAUACUGUUACUAAUCCAAGAAAAAGGUAGAGUUCAUCAAAAAUAGAGAAUCUCUUGCAACGUGUACGGUCUGGUCUGAUCAAAGAUUUCAUCUUUUCUUGAAACUAAAUUUCUUAACCUUUUUAGAAACAGUACAUGUUUUUGUAACUUCUUGUUCUAUGUAAUAAGAAUAGUAACUCCUCUUUACUUGUAAGGUUUAGUAGUCUCUUGUGUCUAUAUUUUCAUCAAUUUGCAAAUUCCGUAUGUAUAUACUAAUCAAAUCAACAUGUGGUUUUGUUUUGAAAGAGAGAUGUUUCUUUACUUAUGCUGUAGAUUGUCAAUCUUAUUUAUGGUAACAUAUUUGAGCAACACUCACAAGCUUCUCUAAUUGCUCUUUAAUUAUAGCAUGUCUUGAUUAAAAGCAACUUUUCGCUAAGUGUGGUUCGAUUUAUAUCAACUGUGAUUAGGCUAAAGUGAUCCCUUUUUUUGUCAAGAAAAAAGUGAUCCUUGUUUGUUUGUAAUGACACAAGUAACCAGCCUUAAUAGUGAUCCUUGUUGGCAUUUUCAUAACUCUAGACUUGCACAUUACAAUUAAUAGCUGCACACUACCAUCCAAGAAAAGGCUGUAAAGUUUUUAGGGUUAGUCUUCCUUCGGUUAACAUUCUUGGGUUUUUAAAAUUAUCAUGUUUAUCUAAUCCAAACCGGCGUACCCAAUUUAGUAUGAGAGUGAAAAACACACAAUUAUGUCGGAUAAAUUGGGUUAAACCAGAAAUCAAAUAUUUAGUUCUAAACUGAAAAUCGGUUUUAUAAAAAUCAAUCGUUUUUGCAUUCUCAAUCGAUAUCAUAGGAAAAUCUAAAACAAAUAAAAUAAAAUCUAAAGCACAUGACAUUUACCCUUUAUUAACGAGGAGAGAGAUAUAGGUGUAAAAAAUCUGAAGUAAGUCUUUCCUUUCUCACAAUCCUCAGCGGCUCAAUAUAGAUUAUGGAAUCAUGUUUUUUUAAUUGCAGUAUGUGAAUGCCAAGCGAACUCUUAAAGUUUUGAAUAAUACAAUUAACUAUUAAAUCUGUAAGGUUGCAUUAUCCAAAACAUCAGAAAAUUGGUUUACCCUUUAUUAACGAGUAGAGAGAUAGAGGUGUAAAAAAUCUGAAGUAAAUCUUUCCUUUUCUCACAAACCUCAACGGCUAAAUAAUUUUCUGAAGUAAAUCUUUCCUUUUUCGCACCGCACAUAAAAGAAAAAUCUAUAAAUAUAUCAUUCACACUCCAACCAAUUCACACAGUUUCUCACGCAAUUUCAUUUGUUUUCUUCUUUCUUCUUCCUGUGCGAUAGAAAAGAAAACAACAACUUUUUUCGAGAAAUCAACAAGAAAAGCCACCAUGCGACCACCUCGUUCUUCCUCUUGUUCCAAGUGCUCUUCUGCUUCUUCUUCAAGUUAUUCACUCGCUGCAACGAGUUUGAAAAGCAGACUCUUGACGAUAUUCAAGAAAGCUCAGGAGCUUACUACUCUCUGUGAUAUCGAAGCCUGCGUCAUUCAUUAUGGACCUGACGGAGAACUGAGGACAUGGCCUGAGAACAGAGACAUAGUGAGAUCCCUCGCUCUCCGCUACAUCCAGUUAGACCAAGCCAAGAGACGCAAGAAAAGCGUCAAUCUUUACGAGUUCCUCAACAAGAAUAAGGAUAAGAAGACGAUGCUUAAUAAGUUCAAGAAGAGGAAUGUUGAAGAACUAAAGUAUCCAAUCUCUGAUCACUACUCUCCCGACCAAAUCAACCAACUGAUUCACUCCUUGGAACUAAGUUACUCUACUUUGCAAGAACGGCGUCGUUUCCUUGCGGCAAAAGCAAACUUGGAGGAUCGUCAACAUUCUAUGAACCCUAGCCAGUUCACACCGUUACCACAGGAGCUUUAUGUUAAUGAUAAGAACAACACCUUUCAACAUCUUUGCGUUUCAGAUUACUCGGAGGUACAAGAAUCUGCGUUACGUUAUCAGUUGAUGCCUUAUGGUGGUUAUGAUCAGAACAUGUGUAUGGGUAACAUCAACAACGUUCAACAUCCUUGGGUCUCAAACGCACAACCACCAGAGCUACAAGAACCUAAUCAACUGAUGCAGCAUGAGCCAUAUGGCUUUGAUCAGAACAUGUGUAUGGGUGAUACUACCAACAGCUGCAACGUUGUAGAUCCUUGUCUCCCAAACAUGCUUCCAGAUGAUUUCUGCUUUGAUUUUCAGGACCCUUAUGGUGGUAAUAUGGUCGGUAACCCUAGUUUCUCUCAAGAUUUUUUUCCAGACAUGACUUCAAGCUAUGUUUAUGAAGCAGACUACUUCAGGAAUCUACUCUACCAUCUCUCUAGCUCUAACAUUCCUAACGACAACUCUGAGAUUUCAAGCAAUUUACCUGAUGAUCACAGAGAGUGAAGCUGUUCAUGCAUCUGCAUGUUUUUAUUUUGAAAACGCAUAUAUAUAAAUGUAACUGCAAAAAAAACAGAAGUUUUGUUCGGUUUAGUACACUAUUCAUAUAUGUAUGCAUGUUCAUAUCUUUAAUGAAAACUCGUAGAAAUCAGUGAAACCAUUUAUUUAGAUACAUUGUGUCAUUGUGAUAUGUACUUUUCUCGUUGAUUGUCACAGCGGACCUUCUUUUUUUCCGAACAGAAUUAAAUUCCAGAACAUUUGCUUCGGAUUUAUGUUACUUCUUUCCCACUGCUCUAUACAACAACCACAACAAAACACCAAGCACAAAACACCAAACAAAGACUACUCAUGCUAUGUGCCUAUUGUUAGAAUGGGAGAAUUAUUGAGAGUUUAUUUAUGGAGAAUGAAGAACAUAGAGAGAGAAAGUAGAUCUCAAGAUGUAAGAGAAAGAAGGAGAUAAUAGUUUCCUUAAUUUAAUUGUGGAUCUGGGUACAACUAUUUAAAAACAAGUGACCUCAGUACACAAUAUAAUAAAAUAUUUUUUUUCUCUUCUUCUUCUCUU